AUUGACGUUAAAGUAAUUGUUAUCUACAGUUUAAACAGUUUGAAAAAUCAAAUUUUAGAUAUUAAUUUUUAAGAUAUCCUACAUUUACACGGUACUGCGGGAAUGCCAAAAUCAAUUUACGAAAAUUUUGCUAACAAGGUGAAGUGCUUUCUCCCUUAUUAUUGUUAAACUUUUAUACUAAGUAUGGGGUCUUUUGGUAUGUGAAAUAAUGCUAUUUUAAAUACCUACAAUUACUUUUGUGGUAAUCAUGUAUAAUUAUACAUAUCAGUUACUUUUUAAAGAUUAUCGCAAGUAAAUUAUAACAAGUAUCUGAUUUAUGAAUUUGUGAAUUUUGUGAAGUUUAGCUUCGACUCUACUAAUUGUAAUAAUUUAGUAUGCUCUUAUACAGUGGAGUUUGAAGUUUUUUUCCUCUGAUAUUUGGAAUUAUAUAAAUAAUUAAUUGAAAUAGAUAAGAUGAAGGAUGGUUAAAUUCAAGGGAUGUAACUCAUUAUGGCUUGUGGUGCUUUACUUGAGUUGCUGGAUGGCUUAUGGAGUUGUCUGCCCUGACAUGUGUACAUGUGCUGAAAGAUUGUACAUCUACUGUGACCAUGGCAACAUGACAGACGAGGAUUUGGUUCCAGUACUGAGUACUAUACCAGCGGAGACGAUAUAUAUAGACCUGAGUCACAAUAGUUUGACAUUCAUCCCAGCAAAUGUGUUUAAAAAGUUUUCUGCCUUGAUUUACAUAGAUCUUAGUCAUAAUGAGAUUAGAAAUAUAUCUGAGAAUGUUUUCAGACAUUUGAAAAAUCUUCAAAAGAUUUUUCUUCAUCACAAUGCAUUAUCAAGACUAGAAAAUCAGACAUUUACAGAAAUGCCACUCCUGAAAGAAAUUCAUGUGUACAAUAAUGAUAUUAGUGCAAUAGAAAUGUGUGCAUGUGUCAACACACCAAAACUUGACAAAUUUUAUGUUCACCAUAAUAAAAUCACAAGUGUCUCAAAUAGAACGUUAAAAAGUUUUGAAACAGUGAGUUACUUAGACUUGUCAGAGAAUGGAAUCCAAACGAUAACACAGUAUGCCUUCACAAAACUAGUCAGUUUACAAACGUUAAUUCUGAGUCGGAACAAUAUCUCGGUACUUUCCAUGCAUUCAUUUUCCGGUCUUACCUCUCUACAUUAUCUAGACAUGAGUGAAAACAACAUCAGUGAGUUAGAAGGUUUCAUUUUCAACCCUAUAAGGAGUUCGAUAAAAACUUUAGUGUUAAAACGUAACAGAUUAAAAUCGAUUCACAGCGAUGUUUUCUACAACAUGAGGUCUCUGACAAAGCUUGAUCUGAGUUAUAAUGAGAUUAAUACUCUCGGCAGCAGGAUGCUCCUUGGUGUUGGAUUAGAAGAACUUCAUAUCCGUGGCAACAACUUGACUGAAAUUAAUACUGAAGUGUUUGUUGGUGCAAAGAAAAUAAAUGUGUUGGAUGUAAGUCAUAACAAAUUAACUGACAUCCAUAUUCGUGCAUUUAACAGUUUUUCUGAAAAUAUAUAUGAGAUAAAUAUUGAAUACAAUUAUUUAACAAGACUUUUAGCUGGUGUGUUUGAAGGAAUGAGAUUUUUACAGUCUGCAAAAAUGGCAAACAAUUCUAUAAGUUAUAUAGAAGAUUGGACAUUCAGAGAUUUAGUGAAUUUAAAGAAGUUGGAUCUCUCAUGGAACAAGUUGUCAACUGUGACGCUAGAGAUGUUAGAGGGAUUGGGGUCAUUGAAGGUCUUUAAUCUUCAUUUUAAUCCUUUAGUUCGCUUUGAGUUCCCAAAGUUUUCAGAUUCACAGGGUACAGUUGAAAUAAACAUGAAUUUGACAGUCAGUGACAUCACACAUAACUCAGUAGCUAUAAAAUGGCCGUACACGGCUGGGUCUCAGAUCUACUGGUCACGAGAGGUCACUUGUGUAAAGGUGGAACACUGCUCGUUCAGACCUCAACCAGAAUUCUUAGCUCCGUAUGAAACAGACAUUAUACUAAACAAUUUAGAAGCAGACUCUCUGUAUUACGUAUGUAUAAAUCCUGCAUUCCGAUCGAAUCAAAUAAAAUUUCAUCAAUGUCUACAUGUUCGGACAGAUAAAGUUUUUAUAGAAACAACUAUCCCAGUGAUUACGGUGUCAGAAAGAGAUAUAUCAGCAGCAAUGCAUUGUUGUUAUUCAGCUUAUAUCUUGAUGUGUUCAUUUCUUAUGUUUAUUACCUUAUUGCUGUAAUUUAUCUUUUUUUUAACCCUACCAUGCUAAUUAUCAUAAAUAGACUUGUCCAUCUUUUAUUCUGGACAAAACCAUUCAUCAUUUUAGGGAAAUUUUCAGUAUACGUACUGAUGAAAUAGCAAACAGUGCAGACUAUGGGCAGAUGGCAUGGAUUUGCCAGCUGAUCUUGGUCUGCACUGGUAGCAAGGGUUUUAUUAUAUUAGUUGAUGCCGGCAUGCUUAAGCUUAACACUGUGAAAGACCUAAUUCUCAAAGAGAAUUUAUAAAGUUGUACACUGAGAAAUUUUGUUCUGGCCCUAUAUUAUUAUGGCUGCAAUGGCUUGUCACUUUCAGUUCCAGCCCUUAAGGGUUAUUCAUAUUGUCACUAACUGUUAACUUUAUAAACAAAAAGCCAACUUUUACAACAUUACUUUGAAAAAAAUAACAACUGUAAUUCUACUGUUAUUGUUGUUGAAAUGUUUUAGGCAUGAAGAUGCAUCCUUUAAAGGAUACUUUGUGGUUGAUGUUGUUCAUUUUUGGUACGAGAGAUGAAACAGUAAUAUCUAUGCACAAUUUCUUUCCAUAAAAUAAACAAAUUGAAGUGUUGUGUUGGAAAUUUAUAUAACUAUUUAUAAUAUUAAGAUAUAACAUAUUGUUACAGACUUUAUAAAUAUUAAAAAUAAAAGUUUAUUUAUUUUAUUGGCAUUGUUGCAGCAGAAAUUUAUUUUUCUAAUGUGGUAAAUUAUUUUUUGAAAAAUAUUUUUGUAUAAAAAAAAAUGUCUCAAAAUACCAAAUUGACAAAUAACUUUUUUCAUUUUCUUAUUGAUGUUUAUUCUUACAUAUUUAAAACAAACAAAUCAAAACUAUAUGUUUUGACAGAACCAAAAAGCAAAUAUUGCCUUUUAUUUCAAGGGAGCCAACUUAAAGUUUAUAAAAUUUCACUUCAAUUGAAUUGCUCUCCCUUGUUUUUGAUUGUUGCAAAUAGCCAGUUCAAGUGUCUAAGUGACAUUGUUAUUGUUU